AUUCAUUCAUUCAUUCAUUCAUUCAUUCAUUCAUUCAUUCAUUCAUUCAUUCAUUCAUUCAUUCAUUCAUUCAUUCAUUCAUUCAUUCAUUCAUUCAGUCAGUCAGUCAGUCAGUCAGUCAGAUUUUAAAAUCUCUACCGGGGGUCUUCCAUAUCAGAAAAAUUUCAUGCCUCAAUACACUUGAGUCCAUUCAUUCAUUCAUUCAUUCAUUCAUUCAUUCAUUCAUUCAUUCAUUCAUUCAUUCAUUCAUUCAUUCAUUCAUUCAUUCAUUCAUUCA